CAGACGACUGAUCACACGAAAACAGUCUUCUCUCAUGUCAGCUGUCUGAGGUUGCACUGCGGCUCUCCGGCGGCGUUCAUGCCAGUUUUGACAAGAGUCUGAAAUCCCUGAGUGCGUAUCUCAUCGUCACGAGUGAAGUGUACUCUGAUAUGAAGUCACUCCUCUAUUCUCGAGGCAAUCGAUUCCAGUCGAACGGGGGGAAUAAUUCCGAGAGGGAAUAGCGCGAGCCGAUGCAACGAUUGUGCGUAUAAGUAGGUAUCCUAAAUCGACGUAUCCGGAUGGAACAUCUGCAUCAGAAAACGCUCCGGAAGUGUGGAAUGACAAAUUCGGAUUCGAUUUGUCGCGGAAGUUACUCGUCUUGAACGACCAUUCAGAUCGUCGUCGAUUCAGAACGGAAUAAGUCCGUCGAGUGUCGAUCGAUAAUAAUAAUUAUCGAAGGUUCUGAUCGCAACAUCGAGGAAGCUCAAAGGUGAUAUGGAUUCUGAAGAACAGACAGAAGAAUACGAUACCUCCCUGACGGAGGCCCACACUUACCUCGGGGAAGGACUCGAGAACAUGCGUGGCAGGACGAUACUCGACGAUACGGUAACGCACCAAAUGCUAGUCCUCGCAGGCAGAAAUGUCACCUUAAUUCCCGGGGAGACGCUGCCGCUGCUGUUGCAUCAUAACGAAGAAGUCCGGCCAUGGUUGAAAACUCACAAGGUAUUCGGUAUCCUGUAUCCGCGGCAGACGGUGUACGGCACCACGGCGGAUCUGCGGAGUUUCAAAGAAGAGCAGAGCCACGAUGGAUAUUGGACCCUAACUGUUAAAGCCGAAGGCUCACAACGUUUCAAAGUCAUCGAGAAGAGAAUUAUAUCGCAAGUCAUCUUCAUGGCUGAAGUGCGAAUUUUGCCGGACAGGAGGCUACUACCACCAGAACAGCACCUGCUGCUCGAGGGGAAUCGACUUCGAAACGUAAUGGGGAAAUUGACCCCUUUCCCGCAAUGGGUCUACAAUCAGUGUCACGAGAGAAUCUUGAUGAAGGAGCUCAGCGAAGUUAUGAAAAGCAUCCUGGGCAAGGACCCGCCCGUCAAGGAUCCCACGGCCUUUUCCUACUGGGUGGUCGCCAAUGUCCCUAUAAAUGAGGGCGACAGGAAAGUUCUCCUGGCGCUGAACUCGUCUCAGGAGAGGCUUUUCAUGGCCAAACACUACCUGAAAUUGAAUUGUAAAAUAUGCUGUGCGGAAUGCUUGUCGGAAAUCUCCACGAAGGACCACAUGUUCAGCAUGUCGACUUCGGGCGCACAGGGAACGUUCGUGAACAUGGCAGGCUAUAUUCACGAAAUGUUGACGGUCCGACUGGUGGAUGGGGUUUCUUACGUUGGAGCAAGUUCAGAGCAUUAUUCCUGGUUCCCUGGCUACGCCUGGCACAUUAUCGAGUGCGCAGAAUGCGGCAUGCAUGUCGGCUGGAGAUUUUCGACGCAAAAAAAUCUUCAGCCACAGAAAUUCUGGGGCUUGAGCCGCGGCAGCGUGAGAUUCGCACCGAUCGAUAAUAUGAGCCAACUCGACAAGGAUGUAUUCAUGGCAACGGCCCAAAUGUCGAGAGCGUACCUCGAUUCGACCCCCGAGACUUACGAGACUCCCCCGGAUUUAUAG